AUAUAAUAUGAAACAAAAAAUAUUUCUGCUCUAAUCGGCUCUCAGACGGGAGCCGGCUCAUAGAGCCGACUCGUUCGCGACCGACACAUCGCUAAUGCUUUGAAAGGUUAGCACAUGAAACAACCGCAGCUAUCAGGUUUUGAGUAUUUUAAUUCGCAUCGACUGCUGUUUUCUCUGCACCUGUCAACAUGGUCAACGUACACAAAGGUGUCCUUGUUGAAUGUGAUCCUGCCAUGAAACAGUUUCUCCUCUACCUGGAUGAAAAAAUGGCCCUGGGAAAGAAGUUCAUCCUCAAGGACCUUGACGACACACACCUCUUCAUCCUGGCAGAGGUGGUUCACACCCUCCAGGAGAGAGUUGGCGAGUUAAUGGACCAGAAUUCAUUCCCCGUUACACAAAAAUAACCCUAAACUUUUCCUAAGAACUCUCUCUUCUUGGACUUUGGACUGUUUAAAAGUUUGUCUUUAAAUGAAUGGUUUGUAAUGUUUUAACUACAGACUGAAAUGGAGCAGUUGCUCAAUUUUGUUACAUUAAUGUGAAAAAACUUAAAUUUAAAAAGCACAUUCAUUUUGCUUCUUGGUUGCACAGUGUGUGUUGUGUUGGCUUAAUUUGUGCUGUGUUUUAAUUAUGUCCAUUAUGAAAUUUGUUGAAUACAUUUGAUUGUUUCUUGAUCUUAGUUUAAAUAGCUGAUUUGAGUUGAGUCGUUCUACAUCUGCCUAUAUAUUUUUAUGGAGUUGAUGAAAGCAGUGAGAGUCAGAACCAAAAUAAAGAGUCAAAAGGUG